CAGCGGAAGCGUUUACACGCUGCGUGCUAUCAGCUAACAGAGCUAGCUCGUCAGAGGGCGGUUGGUGUCCUUCUGAUUUUUAACUGAACGUUUGAAGCCCAGCAAGUGACCGGAAGUGCUUUUUAACUGACUGAUGUAACGUUUGUGUCACUCUGUGCUCUCAGAACACAAACAGGAGACAGGAAGUCGUCCCACACAGAUGGAGGUGCUGACAAAGCCUGAGGGGGAGGAUGAGGAGGACAAGCUGGUGUCAGAGCUGAAGAGGCAGCUGGAGGAUGAAGACCUGACCCCGGAGGAGAAACUCACACUGCUGACUGAAGGCUUAAACAACGCUCUGAACUCAGCGGCAGUCCACGUGAACAGCGGUGAACUGUCUCGCCUGAAGUCUCGGUUGUAUCUGAGUGGCGUGCUGAGUCAAUGCGUCCUCUCUCUGCAUCCCAGCAGGCUGCGGGGCAACCUGAGCGCCGCCGCCACACUCGCCCACCUCACCAGCUCCUGCUGUGUGGGGGCGGAGCCUGGCCACCACUCUGAAUCCUUUCAUCAGCUCUUCCUGCCAUCAGUCGUGGAUGCCCUGCUGUCAUUGGCUGCUCAGCUGGUGAACCGAAGUGAGAAUGCGUCUCUCCUCAGGAAGGUGAUGGACUCAGUCGGCUGGCUGCUCGCCGCUCACACUCAAAUCACAGAGAAAGUCCUCAGCUCCAUCCACUAUGAAGAGAUCCAGAUGUGUGAUGAUGCCACCGUGUCUCUGCUCUGCAUCCAGAUGUGGAUUCAAACCUGCACAGCCAACAGUGACUUCCUGUCUGGGUUGAGCAAUGACUCCAUCCUCCUGCUGCUCAACGAGGCAGUUGGCCAAUUAGCUCUCAGCUCUGACUCUACAGUGGGUGGGGCCUCCAUCAGAUUGAUCCUCCUCAUGGCCAAUCAGCUGGGGCGCCGCUUCCGGCCCCUGCUCCUCAGCUUCAGAGGUCUGGACAGCCUGCUGCACAAAGACUGGAGGGGGCGUGGCUUCGACCAGGCCGUAGAUCAGGUGGUCACUCUUAUCCAAUCAGAGAAGGAUGCUGUUAGUCAGUCACAGGUGAGCAGUGAGCAUGUGCGGGCGGCGUGUGUCAUCCAAGCAGCCUGGAGGUCGUAUCAGACCAGACGCAGAGUGAAGAGUCUCAGCAGAGCGGUCAGCUUCCUGCAGAGGAAGUACAGGGCUCGGAGGAGGCAGCAGCAGCAGCAGAAGGAGGCACAGCUGUGGGAGGAGGAGCUGAGGUAUCAGGUGUGUGUGAGGCGUCAGCAGGCGAGGAGGAGGUUCCAUCAGAAACAGAGACAGCUGCUGCAGCUGCUUCCUGCAGACCAGGUGCAGUCGUAUCUGCAGGAGUGCGAGCGUCGAGCGGCCGUGGUCAUCCAGAGCUUCUGGAGAGGCUUCAGAGACCGACGAUGCUUCAACAGCACACAGCGACACACACUCAGACGGGAGCGAGCAGCCAGGACGCUGCAGAGAGCGGUGCGUCGUUUUCUACAGAAGCGGCGAGCAGCAAACGCCCCGCCCCUCCCUCCUUUCUGGAUUGGUCAGAAAGGGUUGACAGACAGUCGGAGGGCGGAGCUUAAGCAGCAGGUGGAUGAUUACAUCUCUACACAAAAAUCAUCCUGUGUGUCUCCUGAGGAGUGUGCACGCCUACAUGAGGAGGUGCAGCUGCUGCUGCUGUCGGAGCUGCAGAGAGGAGCUCAGCACAGGAGAGAGGAGCAGCGGGUGGAGGCGCUGCUGGCUCAUAUACACACACAGCAGGAGCUGCUCCGAGAUGCCCCUCCCCUCUCUGUUGUCACGGAGACAGACGCAGAUGCCUUCCUGAGCCCGUCGGGCCCCGUUGCUGCUCGUGCCCGUGACGCCCACAACGCCAUGCUGCAGGCGAGCCGGCUGCCCUGGUGGAGAACGCUGGGAGACACAGACGUGCAUCACACGGAUACAUUCGGCUCUGCCCACCUUGCGGAGCUGGAGGAGGAGCUCGGAGGACUGUACAUAGGAGGGACGGUGGCGGUCAACAGGCACACUGAGGUGGACAGAGUCCAUCUAUAAGGUGAUCUGAGUGACUGCUUUACUAAGAAUGACUCGAAGGUGAAACACGAGGAUUUUAUUGACACAGACGCUGCUAAUAGAAACAAAAUGUGACUCUUGGACUGUUUUCACAGCUGAACAUGUGAGAAUCAGGUCCCUGUGCUUUAGGGUCCUGGACGACAGCAUUUACCUUUAACUAGAGUUUACCUGGGCGCUCUGAUCGGGUAGUGUUGAGAACAGCCUGCAUGAUAUGAACCACAGCACUACAAUGUUUUUUUGUAUGCUAUAAUCUAUGCAACAACACUGUGAGGACCUGUGAGAUCUUCACUGUAUGAGUUAAAACCAGAGACUGUAAAUAAAGG